AAGAUAUUAUUUCAAAUCAUAACACUUUCAAGGCAUUUAAAACCGGUGUGAUUAUCAUUCUAUUUCUGUGGUGAAUAAACAUUUAAGAUUACAUUGUAACUGAUUAAAUUGCUUCAACCAGUGCGACCCUGAUAUAACAGCGCCUGCGCUCUGGUUCUGUAUUCGCUUCAAUCACUUUCAAUUUUAGUCUUUGCCGGCGUCUUGCUUGCGAUAGCUGCACAUUUUUCCCGAAGUUUACGGAGCAUUUUCCCCGUCGAUUUUUCAGCCCCGACGAACGUGAAAAGCAUGGCAAAUCCAAAUCAAUCUGUCGUUUACACCAAGCUCUUCAUCAACAAUGAGUUUGUGAAUGCCAAAAGUGGCAAGACUUUUGCCACAGUAAAUCCGGCCAAUUGCAAGAAGAUAGCAGACAUCGCUGAGGCUGAUAAGGCGGACGUGGAUCUCGCCGUCGACGCUGCAAAGAGAGCUUUCGCCAGGGGCUCCGAAUGGCGCAAUCUGGAUGCUUCUGCCCGCGGUCGUCUGCUGUACAAGUUCGCCGAUCUCGUGGAGAGAGACAUCAACGUGUUGGCCAAUCUCGAGUCUCUCGACAAUGGAAAGCCGUUCGGCGAUUCCGUGUUUGACAUCAACUGCGCCAUCGACACUUUCCGCUAUUACGCCGGCUGGGCAGACAAAGUCCAUGGGAACACCAUUCCGGCCGAUGGCACGUCGCUCACGCUCACGCGCAAGGAGCCCGUGGGCGUCGUGGGGCAGAUCAUCCCGUGGAACUACCCCAUCCUGAUGCUGGCGUGGAAGUGGGGCCCAGCAAUCGCCGCCGGCUGCACAAUUGUGCUGAAACCGGCUGAACAGACGCCGCUUACGGCUCUUCAUUGUGCCGCUCUGGCCAAGGAGGCCGGUUUCCCAGCCGGUGUUGUCAACGUUGUGCCCGGAUUCGGGCCCACCGCAGGCCAAGCCAUAGCGUCACACCCGGAAAUCAGCAAGGUGGCUUUCACUGGAUCCGUGGACAUCGGAAAGUUGGUCAUGGAAGCUGCGGCCAAAUCCAAUCUGAAGAAAGUCUCUUUGGAACUAGGCGGCAAGAGUCCUCUCGUUAUAUUCGACGACUGCAACUUGGACGAAGCUGUCGAAAUUGCUCACAAUGCUAUUUUCGCGAAUCACGGGCAGAAUUGUUGCGCCGGAAGCCGAACCUUUGUCCAGGAAGGCAUUUACGACGAAUUCAUCAAGAGAUCCGUCGAAUUGGCGAAGCAGCGCAAGUUGGGCGACGCUUUUGCCGAGGGCGUUAUGCAAGGUCCACAAGUUGACGACAGAAUUUUCAGCAGAAUCAUGAACUACAUUGAGGCUGGAAAGAGCGAGGGCGCCAAGGUGGAGUUUGGCGGAAAGCGUUGGGGCACUGAAGGGUACUUCAUUGAGCCGACAAUCUUUUCCGGCGUCACGGAUGCCAUGAAGAUAGCACGAGAGGAGAUAUUCGGCCCUGUCCAGAGUGUUUUCAAAUUCAAGACUCUCGACGAAGUGAUUGAGCGGUCCAACGCCACUAAUUAUGGUCUGGCCUCUGGGGUUAUCACCAGCAAUCUCAACAAUGCACUCGUCUUCGCUCAAGCCGUUCAGGCUGGAUCUGUUUGGGUGAAUUGCUACGAUGCCGUUGUGCCUCAAGCUCCGUUCGGUGGAUACAAGCAAUCGGGCUCGGGAAGAGAGCUCGGCGAAGACGGAUUGGAGCCUUACUUGGAGACCAAAACCAUCAGCAUCAAACUACCGACAGGACACUAAAUCAGGGAUACAUUUUCUACCUCUACACUUCACUAACCUUUGCAUU